AGCUCUGUGCAGUCAGGGAAGGCAGGAAUGGAGAUGUGCAGCACUGAAAGGAAAUGGGUUCAGGAGAGCAUCUAAACCAGCUGAGGAAAUGAAGGGUAAUCACUUUGAUCAAUAUGAAGAAGGGCACCUGGAGAUAGAGCAAGCAUCUUUAGACAAGCCUAUAGAAUCGGAUAAUAUUGGACACCGCUUACUCCAGAAACAUGGGUGGAAGCUGGGCCAGGGAUUGGGAAAGUCACUGCAGGGGAGGACAGAUCCCAUCCCUAUCGUCGUCAAGUACGAUGUCAUGGGCAUGGGGAGGAUGGAGAUGGAGCUUGAUUAUGCCGAAGAUGCCACUGAGCGGAGGCGUGUACUGGAGGUGGAGAAAGAAGACACCGAGGAGCUGAGACAGAAAUACAAGGAUUAUGUUGAUAAAGAAAAGGCAAUUGCCAAGGCUUUGGAAGACCUCAGAGCAAACUUCUACUGUGAACUCUGUGACAAGCAGUAUCAAAAGCAUCAAGAGUUUGACAACCACAUAAACUCUUACGAUCAUGCUCACAAGCAGGAAGGAACUCAGGAUUAUUGCGAAACAGGGACGAUAGCUGAUGUAUUGAAAGCAAACCCUUCUAAUUUUGGAGUCCAGAUCACAAGAAGGUUGAAAGAUCUCAAGCAAAGGGAGUUUGCUCGCAAUGUCUCUUCAAGAUCACGUAAAGAUGAAAGAAAGCAGGAGAAAGCCCUCCGGCGUCUGCACGAACUGGCUGAGCAGAGGAGGCAGCCUGAAUGUGCUCCUGGAAGUGGACCCAUGUUCAGAACCACCACGGUGGCUGUGGAUGAGGAGGGUGGAGAUGAUGACGAUUCUGCAGCCAACAGCAGCUCUUUCAUCCAGACGGCUUCUGGUCAAGCUACAGAGAUGACUAUGGACAGAGGUUUCCUAAACACUGGACAGGUCGGUGGCACUGUUAUGCCAAGCCAGAUGCCGACGCAGACAGCGCAGGCCAUCAGCUUUGGUAUUAAGAACGCUUUGGGAACUCCACUGCAGAAGAUAGGUGUGUCAUUUUCCUUUGCAAAGAAGACCCCAGUAAAGCUUGAGACCAUAGCUUCUGUUUUCAAGGACCAUGUGGAAGAAUCAAGUUCUGCAGAUGGAGCAAAAGCUGAUGAGAGAGGGUCAUCAGAUGCAGGGAAUCUGCUGAAAUCUGGUGAGGGCGAAAGCACAAAUAAUUCUGAUGGCAAGGCAGAGGAAGAUGACCAACAUGACAAAGAUAGUGGAUCUCUAGCCACUACGUUAUCUAAACUAAAAAAGAUGAGACGAGAAGAUGGACCAAUGGCAGUUGAGCCAGAAUACUACCACUAUAUUCCCCCAGCCCACUGUAAAGUAAAGCCUAAUUUUCAAUUCCUGCUUUUCAUGAAGUCUACCGAACAAAUGGAAGCUGAAAAUGUGAACAAAAAAAACACGCAUGAAACUAAAAAGGGUAAUUCUCCAAAACCCAAACCGGGAAAGCACACAGAGAAGGCUGCUGAGAGCACGGGGCAGCAGAAGGAGCAGAGUACUACUGAAACUGCAGCUCAGCAGAGCAAAACAGAGCUAAAAGAAGGCCUAGAAAAUGCAAGUAUGCAGGAGAGCAAGCAUCUUGCAGAGAGCAAUCUCCCUGAGCCAGACACUACUAAAGAAGUCGCUCAGCCUGUCCCGGGCUGUAAAGAUGCCUCUGAAGGACCAAAGCAUCCAACCGGACCCUUUUUUCCCGUUCUGAGUAAAGAUGAGAGCACGACUCUCCAGUGGCCUUCAGAACUUCUCAUAUUUACCAAAGCAGAACCAUCGGUUUCAUACAGCUGUAACCCCCUCUAUUUUGAUUUCAAGCUCUCUCGCAACAAAGAUGCUAAAGGUAAAGGGGCAGAGAAAUCUAAGGAUCCAGGGGGUCUUUGUAAAGAAAACGUUCAGAGCACAGAAUCCGGUGAGAUAAGCAAACCCAAGGAGGCAGAAAGUGCAGCUAACAGUUCUGCUCUAAAAAUGGAAAACAAAUCUCUGUCCACCUGUGGCUCCCAGAACAAGCAGGAGUCCAGUUUGGUGAGCCUUGGUAAGGGAGAGGGAGAGGACAGUAGUAAAUCCAUAACUGGUAAGAGUAAAAGGUCUCACAAACACAAAAAGAAAAAGAAGCACAAAAAGUCCAGCAAACACAAACGUAAACACAAGGAGGAAGCUGAUGAGAAGGGCCGAAAAACUGACCUGGGGGAAGAGAAACCCAAGAAACGGAAAAGACACAGACACAAAAAAGGCAAAUCCUGUCUUUCUACUGAAUUGGAACGAGCACUAAAAACUGAAUUGUCUGAAGAUUGUAGCCAUUUCCAGAAGAAAAAGCGGUGCUCUCAGGAGUCCCAGAGGAAGUCUCUGUCUGCUGAAGAGGGAAGUAGCGGUAAAAAAGAGGAUGGUGGUAUCCCCUGCCAAGAGCAUGGCAGCAAAAAACACAAGGCUGACCUGCAGCAGUUGCCUGCUCUGAGGAGACGGUGUUCGGCUCCUUCCCUGGGCAGGAUCAGCCACAGGAGCCGGCAGAGCAGCGGGGACUACGACAGCGACGAGGGCUCUCACAGGAAGCACUGCCGGCAGAAAUCCCCCUCGCAGUACAGCGACGACUACGACUCUGGCAGUGACCACUCCAGGAGCCGCUCCAGGUCGGGGCGCAGACACUCCUCUCCCCGCUCCUAUUCCAGCAGCUCCGAUGCCUCCUCGGACCACAGCCGGUACAGCCGCCGCAGAAGUUACUCGGACGACAGCUACAGCGAUUACAGUGACCGCUCAAGGUGCCAUUCAAAGCGGUCCCACGACUCGGAGGAUGACUCUGACUACAACAGCUCCAACCACAGAUCGAAGCGGCAUAAGUACUCCUCUUCUGAAGAUGACUACAGCUCGAGCAGGAGCAGGUCGAGGAGUAGAAGCAGGAGCCGAACUCACCCUCGAGGCAGGUCACGAUCAAGGAGCCGGGGCAGAACACGCAGCAGCAGCUGCAGCCGCAGUCGAAGCAAGAGGAGAAGCCGAAGCGUGACGGGUCGUAGCUGGAAGCGGAGCCGCAGCUACAGCAGGGACCGCAGCCGCAGCACGAGGAGCCACUCCCAGAGAUCUCUCUCACGAAAGGGCUCUCGAGGCCAUGAGAGCCCUGAAGAGAGGAGAUCUGGGAGAAGAGACUUUAUCAGGUCCAAAAUCUAUCGCUCGCAAUCUCCUCACUAUUUCCGCACAGGCCGAAGUGAAGGAUCAUUGCUGAAGAAAGAGGAUGGCAAAGGAGAGGAUCUGAAAGGGUCUGGCUCGCUCUCCCAAAACAGCAGCAGCUCUGGCACAGGGAGGGUCUCAGAAGGUGACUGCAGUCCAGAGGAGAGAAACUCUGUCACUGCAAAGCUUCUCUUGGAAAAGAUUCAAUCCAGGAAAGUUGAGAAGAAGCCCUGCGUUCCUGAAGAGAUGCUGGCAGGGGCAAACAAGGUGGGCAUAAAACUCAAAGAUCCUCCCCAGGGCUACUUUGGCCCAAAACUUCCUCCUUCCUUAGGCAACAAACCGGUUCUCCCCUUAAUUGGGAAACUGCCAACCGUUCGAAAACCAAAUGCCAAAAGAUACGAAGAGUCUGGCUUGGAGAGGGGUGAGGAUCAAGAGCUGUCGGAUUCAGAGGAUGUUUCCCAAGGCAUUGAGGAGGCUCAGUUGGCCAGCCAGUCUCUCCUGGAGGAGGUGGUGAUGGUAAUUCAGGACAAACCUCUGGAUGAGCAGAAACGUGAUGAACCUGCCGUGGAAAUGCCGUCCAUUCCCCUUGAAGCGCCAACGCUCCCCGAGUGCUUUGGCUCUGGGGAUCUGGUCAUGCCACACAACUUCCUCUCAGAUCCGAGCGAUGGCGAUGGGCUAGAACCUAUCGACGGGGGCAACCAGCCGGUCCCAGUGGAAACCAGUAUGAUGCCCUUGGUUCCAGAUGUUGAGCACUUUCCUGGCUAUGUGCCUCAGAGCGGUGAGCCGAGCAUCGAAGGGGAUCGGGAAGGAGGCGAAGAUUCCUCUCUGGCACCCCUUGAGAGCCAGCCGAUCACUUUUACACCCGAAGAAAUGGAGAAAUACAGCAAGCUGCAACAAGCUGCUCAGCAGCACAUUCAGCAGCAACUUCUGGCAAAGCAGGUCAAGGCCUUCCCUGCCUCGGCGGCCCUGGCGCCGGCAGCGCCUGCCCUGCAGCCCAUCCACAUUCAGCAGCCGGCGGCAGCCUCGGCCACGUCCAUCACCACGGUGCAGCACGCCAUCCUGCAGCACCACGCUGCCGCCGCCGCCGCUGCCAUCGGCAUCCACCCUCACCCUCACCCCCAGCCUCUCGCUCAGGUUCAUCAUAUACCCCAGCCCCACUUGACCCCUAUUUCAUUAUCCCACUUGACCCACUCGAUUAUUCCAGGGCACCCCGCUACGUUUCUAGCCAGCCACCCCAUCCACAUCAUUCCGGCGUCAGCUAUCCAUCCAGGCCCCUUCACUUUUCAUCCGGUUCCUCACGCUCUUUACCCAACUCUUCUUGCCCCGAGACCCGCUGCUGCUGCAGCCGCCACAGCGUUACAUCUUCAUCCUUUGCUGCACCCUAUUUUCUCAGGACAGGACUUGCAGCACCCACCCAGUCACGGCACAUGAAGGACAAAAUGAAGUAACCUGGGAGGAAGGAGAAUAUUUUGCAUUUUGGGAAGGGGUUGAAGUAGAUCCAGCUGGCAGGUGAGGCCCUGAGAAUUUCCUUUCACUCUUUAGCAGCCAAAGAAGCCAAAGGCUCGAGGGCUGGGUAGCAGCAGGCGGUGGGUCAGUUCAUGAGCGUUGUGUAUAUCUGCUACCAGGGACUGUCUCGCAUCCCCAACACCUCCGUGCACGUCGCAGCACUCUCUCCUACAAGAAUCAUUUCACGUGUAGACCAGCGAGACACUUGGAAAGGCUUUUUUUCCCUGGAUUCUUACACUUGGUCAUCUUCCUUCUGCCGCCUUGUAUAUGAUAAACAAGAUUUCAUACAUGCUAGUAGGUCUUUAAAAAUCCUUUUAAUGAGGUCAUCUAAUUAAAAUAGUCAGCAUGAUUGAAUCCAGCUUGUAAUCGGUGAUAAAACAUUCAGUAACUGACAGCUGUGGAUCCUGGCGAGGAGGCCGAUGAAGGGCAGUGCCACUCGGGGUUUGGCUGGGCCAGUACCAGUUUUCAAGCAUCACAGGAGAUUUCUUGGCACCCUGUCGCUGCAUACUUAGGGUUGUUUUUUCUUGAUCUGAGCAGCAAAGGUGGAAGUAAGAUCUUGUUUCAAAGCUGAAGCGAGGAGCUGCGUGCAUGCCCAGAGCUCUGACCCUUCUCCAUCCUCCAUUAGCAUUCUCCUGCGUGAGGACUGCGCCUCGGAGCCUUCCGGAUGGCCUGGACUGGGGGAGAGGUUGGUGAUGUCAAUCUGAGCUUUGACCACCCUUCUCCUGAGAAGGGCAGGGAGGGGGGGAAUAUCACUCUUGACUUCCAUCAUUUGUGGUGUUGGGAAAGAGGCACUUGGAUGAGAGAGAGAAGAAAAAUCCCUUUAGGAAUUGAAGCAAUACAGAGGACUGGGAAGAGCGGCCGGGGUAUGUAAAAUGUAUUCUUUCCUCUGUAAUACUGAUGGUUUCCUUAUUAAUUUAUAGGUUGGUUUUUUUUUUUAAUGUAAAGAAUUGCACUGAACUCUGUAAACAAAGAUGCUGCUUUUUGUAGCUCAUAUAAAAAGGUUACAUUUGUAGUAUACCGCAAUAAUAUUUUUUACAGCCAGUUCUUUUAGUGGUACUUGUUCUGGUGGCUUUUGUGUAAAUAUGUUUGCUGUAGGUGAAAUAAGACACUUGUAAAGGUUCAACUUUAUAGUUUCAGCUAGAUGCAAAAUGACUAAGCAUGUAUAUUUUAUCAAGCUCAUGUAUUUUUGAAGUUUUUAUGUACUAUAAAAUGUAAAAAAAAAAUAAUCUUCAUUUAGCAUUUUGCAGAAGAAAAGAAAAAAAAAAAAUAAAGUGAGACUUGGACUAGGUGAGGUGCGUGGACGAGACCGGUGACUCUAACAGCUAAUGAAGGGCAUCGCACGGGGCACGCUGCGCCCUCCCUGUCCUUGCCCCGCAGCUGCUUAUAGGAAUCGACACUGGAGGCAGUCUCAGGAGUGUCAGGAAUUUGGGUUGUCUCCCAGAGUAUAAAAUACACCCCCCUUUUAUUUUUUUUUUUAUUUUCUUUUUUUCCCCUGGGUUUGAAGCGGUGAUUUGCAGGUGCCAGCCUGGCUGUGCAGUUCAGUAGAGUCUUCCAGUGAAGGAGGAGCCUUCAGCCACUGUACACGCAGGGAGAGGUGGUUUGGGACCCAUCCCUUGAGGCCCUGCCUGCCCCUGGUGUCCCAGAAGGGAUUUCUCUGCUCUUGCAGCAUCGUCCGCUGGCUGCAGAUAACACUAACCGUGGGAGCCUUCUCCCCCACGAGCUCUUCCCAGCGUGCCAGGACGAGCUGCUGCUGUCCCCACUGACUCAGUAUUUCAGGCGCAGGCCCUCCUCGUGUUAGUGGUUCGGGGGCACCCCAUGGUCCUUUGUUAGGGCCUGAUUUCAGAGCAGGCAGGAGCAGGCAGCGAGGGGAUGUGGAGCACACGCUGCUGCCUGAUGUCCCCAUCCUCUCCCCAUGUGCAGCACUGAGACCUGGAGGGGAGAGAUCGAAGGACCGAAACCUUGAGCUUCCUCACUCUUUAAACAAGAAACUUUUGCAUUUGAGCAGGUUGGACUGAAACACAAUGGUCAAAAAAA